AUGGCAAUCGUCACCAUCUUCCACCUGGGUUCAGAGGUCGCCCAUGAUGUCCUCAGUGCCGCGCACGAUGCCGUCUUUCAGUGCUUGACAAGUGCACUGCACAACAAGUUCUGCCUGCGUACCCAAGAGGGACGGUACACGAGCCGCUUCUCGAUUGCGACGUUUGACUUUCUGGAGCAAGACGUCGAGGCCGAGAUCAAGACUGUCCUCUCCCGACACUGUCACUGCCGCCCCUCCAUGUCCUAUGACUAG